AUGGAGGCUGCUCUGCUGGCCCUUGCGCUGGAGGAGUUGGCGCUGCAUCCUUUCCCGGGAGCAUCGUUCGAGCGGCUUUGUCUCGAUCUCCAGGAUGAGCAUCAACUCGAAUUAGACGUCUUUAUGAGGGCGCUCCUUUGGCGCUCCCUCUAUCGAAGCCCUGAGGUGUUCUUCACGGAUGCCGCCUCCUGUGGACUGCAUCAAGUGCCUCCGUCUCGCGUCUCAUCUACUCCCUCAGGCGCAGACCAGGAACGCGUAGAGGACCGUCGGCUCGACUGGAGAGACCCUGCGAUUCCCCCCGAGCUGCCUGUAGCGCCCUCAGUCCCCUGCCGCUUGGCGGAGCUGUCGAAUCAAGCAGCGACAACAGCACACGAGGCAGAAGCUCAUGCGAGCAAAGGCUCGAGACUCUUGGGGUCUUCCUGUACAACAGUGGAAGCAGCAGGCGACCCGUCCUUGGAGCAACAGAGGCGUUGGCUGCUUGUGGCGUCUGGAGGGAUUGCCUUGCGGCUUUUGACGGCAAUGGACAUGAGCAAUGAUAGAAAUGAAUUCGAGCACCGCGUUAGCGAGGUUCAUUUUCAGGUCUUAAGGAAUGUAGCGCGUCACAAGGAACAUGGUGAGAGGGCAAGCGGGAGCCUCCCGCCAGCGAAACAGCUGGCUUUGAUGCCUGGGCCGUGGACUGCUGAAAAGCUUUCUUUAUUGCAGCUCAAUAAAAGCGCAGGUCUGAUGGGUCGUGUGGACAGAGGCACUUAUCUGGCGUUGAGAGCUGCUUGUCAAGCGAUUUUUUCGCAUGUUUCGGAGACAACGUUAGACGAGUUGAAGGAUAUAUUUGUGGAGUGGGCGGCUUCGCCUCAUCCGGAGGCUGUGCGUCUUGCGAGCUCCAUUGCGUUGUCGCUAGGAGCUGCAGCUCCUCACGUUCUCGUGCCUCGUUUGUUGGAGCUAACGGAGAAGCGGCUGCUGGAUUUUUCUGCCUCUGAGGAGGCGACGAGGCGGGAGGGCACAGUGGCAGUGUACGGCGUGUCUUUCCCAGCCGUGCAUCUCAGAGCCGCUGUCUCGUGGGAAGCCGUCGACUGGUUGAUGCGGCUCUUAGCCGCUUCGAUCCGGGGAGCCGGAUCUCUCGGAGUGGGCCGACCCCCGGAGGCGUCAGCUGUUCAUUCUGCGCUGGGGGGCCCCCUUCUGGAUCGUGAAGGGGGGGGAGGAGAUCGAGUGGCACGUGCCUUCUCACGAGGAGCUUGCAGCGGCGCAGCAGUUUGCAGUGAGGUUCUUGCCGCUGCGGCUGCCUUUUCGCAGGAGCGAGAUGCUGCAGCAGCAGCAAACUGGUCGCCUGCUCUGGGCAGCCUCGCUGAGCUGCGAAGACUUCCACCCGACUUCCUGGGGCCCCUCACGGAGGACGAAACGGCAGCUCCAGCUGCUGCGGCUGCUGCUGCGGGGGGGGGGGCCCCCUGCCCCUCGCAUGCGGCUGGAGGGCAGCAGCUGCUGGAGGAAAGCGAAGCGAGAACGACUCGUGCGCGGCUAGCAAGAGCCUUGAAGAUCUGCCGUCUCCUCUCAAAGGCUGCUGCUGCACAGCAAGCCGACGAAAGGCCUCGAAGAAUCCCCAUGUGGGGUGUCGUUACACCGUACGAAGCGGUCCCCCCAGAGGCCCCCCUUGUCUCCCCCCCCAAUAACACCCCCCCCACCCCCCACAACAGCGACGUCGGCAGAGGUUCAAGAGCCAGCGCUUCUCCCUUCAGAGCGGCGCCUCUCGUGGAGGCUGUCGCCAGUCUCCUCCUAGUUGUAGCGCAGACGCAAGUGCCAAUGCCGGAUGGCCCCUUGCUGCCUCACCGCGGCGCCAGCGAGCCUGCCACAGCAGCGGCACAAGCAGCAGCAGGAGGAGGGUCGGGGAAAAGCAGGAAAGAGGGCGCCAUGGAUACAGGCGAAGAAGCCAAGAUGCUCAUUCGCUUCCUCAAGGUGUCUAGACAGCUCUUACUGCGCCCCUUCACGGCGUGGGUUUACGAUGCUGGGCGCAUCAACAAGGAAAACGGAGGCACACCAAGUUGUGGUUUCGAAGUCGAAGGCGUGGAGGUUCUCUCCUCCUGCUACGGUAUGCUCAAAUGCAUGCUUGUAACUCUGCAUGCGCUUGCUGCUGCUCGCGGGGGAAACCCCACCUCCACUGGCGUCGUCGCUGCCUCUCUCCCCUUUUUCUACACGCAAAGAUAUUUACCAUCACUUCGCGCAUAUCCGCACACACCUUUCUCUUCAUAG